AUGAACGGCCGCUGCGCACAGUGCAAACACAAAAUUGAAGAACGAACCGCUGUCUACGCGAAUGGAAAGGUCUAUCAUACAGGCCAUUUUCGCUGCUCUCUGUGUGAUUUGAAGAUCAAUGAUUACUAUGUUUUGGAGGAUGAGAACAAUUUGAAAUCUAUUAUUUGCUUGCACUGUCAGGCGAAUAAUAAGAGCCCAAAAUGCAAUGGUAAGUUGAUAAAAAAAUGUUGAAAUUGGGGUUGGUCAUCUUUGUGGAGUCUAGAAGUCGGUUCAAUACAAUUUUUAUUGAGUUUUCGGAAAUUCAGGUUUUUGUGGUGGGACUCAAAAUUUUUGGUUUCUGGUUUUUUUCUCUCUUUAUAGCAGGGUUUUGCCUGUUAAAGAGCUUUUGCUGCCUUCCUACUGCCCAAAAAUUGCUUUGAGCCAUUUUCCCGCCAAUUUUCAAAAGUUCAGGUUUUCGUGGUGGGACUUCAAAAUUUUUAUUUUUCUCUCGGAUUUGAACCAAAUAUGGCAAGCUAGUGGCCUCACAAAGAUUUUUGAUUACCUGACUGUAGCAUGUUCUGAUCUUCAUAUUGUUUUAGAGUGCAAACUGGCGAUUUCCGAGACCUACGUCCAAGCCAAAGGAAAACCCUUCCAUAUGGACUGCUUGCUCUGUGGAAGAUGCCGUCAGCCGUUUCCUGGUAAGAAAUCUACCCAAAAUGUUUUAAAACUUGACUUGACAUAAAAGAUUUUAAAUUAUAUUACUUUAGGUGGUGAGUUCUACGAACUGAACGGCGAAUUCUUUGAUGCCAACUGUUAUUGGGCCGCCCGCUUGCGUUAUGAAACCACCAAAAUUGAGGAGAGGCAAGAUGAAAACUUCGAGGAGGAUGAUUCCGUGGCUGAAACUUCGAGAAUCUCCGAUUAUAACACAGUGAUGUCAUCGAUAAUGACCCGAGUCCGAAACAGGAAGUUUAUCUUUGAAAAAGACACAGAAAGUCCCUCUUGUUCGCAUAAAUAA